AUGGAAGCAGAACCAUGGCAUCCAGUACGGAUAUUCCACUUUUACUACGAAGUUUGUCUAUUCGGGUCAUCUCUGGCUCUGAACAGUACAGUAUUGUACAUGGUAAUGAUGAAGACACCCCCUCACUUCAAAGGAUACGCUCGAAUGAUAGCUUUUAACAGUAUCAUUGAUAUAAUGUUCUCGGUUACAGAUUUGGUUACUAUGGAGGUAAGGAUACGACAAUAUUAUUGUUGUAGGAUAAGAGUUAAAAUAUCAUGCUUCUAGGCUUAAGGCUGUAAAUGAGACAUAAAUAAUCAUUUUAAAUUUUAAACACGUAAAAAUUUUAAAAUUUUAAGUUUGAAGACUACUUAAUGGUAAAUUCUGUAUAUGAAACUGUAAAACCAACAUUUCAGGUAGUAGACCUCCACGGCGCCGUCCUGUACCUAAUAUCAGACAACCCAAACUACCCCAAAGAUCCGAACCUAGCUGUAGCGACGGCCGCUUUCUGGAUAUUCAACCUCUACUUGACGAUUAUUGUGAUACCUUUGCAGUUCAUGUACCGAUAUGGUUUGGUAUGUCGAGAUCAACCCUUCAAACCCUACCAAAUAGUCGCCGCUUAUGCUAUGGGUUGUGUAUAUCUUGCUAUACAUUGUUUUAUAUUUCCAUUCACUUUCGACAAACGAUCACCCAAAUACGACCAGAUUCUGGCUGAAAAUGAGAUAUAUAGGACACAUACGCCCGGGAGCUAUAUUGCUGGGGAUGCGGUAGGUACUUUCGUCUACUCCAGAAAAGAUCUUUUGACUAGCUCUGGUUAUAACAUAAAUUUAAAAAUAUUGUAGUAGACAUCAUAAUAUAAACCCCUUUUUAGACAAAAAUAACCAUGGCUCUCCACUUUUUCAACUGCGACUUAAUGAUUCUUAUAUCCUACGCCUUCACCAUCUCAUUUGGUGUGGCGAUUUGGAAGAAGCUGAACAAAACCAUUGGCAACCUCAACAAAGAAGCUGCCAAUGCUCAACGCUACAUCACUAUGAUCAUGAUAAUGCAGGCGACAUACCCACUCAUCGCGCUGGUCAUUCCGACCGGUAUGAUCGCUGUUUACCCGUUGAUCUCGAAGCCGGGUGAAUCUAGUCAGUUCGGAUUAGUUGGGGUUUGUAUGAUGAAUCUGAUACCCGUCCUCAACCCUCUGGCCGUCAUUAUCAACGUGCCCAUGUACAAGAACGCGUUGAUAUCAAUGGUUUGUGGGAAACAUUCCAAAUUGUUAAGAGACUCCAAGAUCGGGCGAACUUCGCAAAUCAUCUCGACCGUGGCAUAG